UGUGUGGUAUAAUUGCAUGUUUUGUUGAAAAUGACAUCAUGAGAUUUUGAUUGGCACAUAAAUUUAUUCCCAAAUUUAUCACAUUAAUUUUUAUAUUUAAUUUGUUAUUUCUUAUAUAUUUGCUUUUAAAAUGUUUCAGGUUAAGCUACACUUUAGCCCUCCACUUGGCUCCAAGCCCACGCUAAGUAGCACAGCGAUCUCGCCAAAUUAUGAUGUCACCGUAAAUAUCAUUUCCAGUUGUAUUUGGGCGAGAUCGCCGUCAAUUAUAUAUGCAGAUGGUUUUACAAAUUGUUAUUAAUAAAAAUUGAUUAUUCUGUCAUAAAUCUGUUUAUGCCUGCAACCACUGAUCCAAGAAAGAAAUUCGACAUCACCCAUAUUCAGUAAUGUUUCAGCAAACUCAUAAAUGAUCAGUGUAAUGGUAUUUAAAUAGUCAAACAUUGUAUCAAAUCAGGAAAAAUGCCAGCCCAUGGUAGCCUAUAUAAAAAAAAUUCUAAUUAGGAUAUAUGCCAUCAUAUGGAUGUUUGAGGAAUACAUUUUUGUGUAAUUUUGUCUUUUUAAAAAAAAACAAUUUUGAAGACCCCACGCCAUUAUACCGCAGUUAAAUGAAAAGACUAAUCACUUGAUGUUGGAACAAAGAACAACUUUUAGAAGUUCAUAAGCUAAUCUUUGUAAUUUAUUUAAUCUAUAAUCCCUGUUCUAGUGGAACACCCCAGAAAUACAGCUUCAAAGUUGUUUUAACUCGUGUUCAGUUUACCCUAUAUAGUUUCCUAUGUGCUUCGCUUUAGAUGAGCUGAAUACAACUGUGAAAUAAGAAGCACUACCAUGCCACUAUCAAUUUAUGGUUCAGGCACAGGACUCUGAAAAUUCAAGAGUCAUAGUUUUGUUUGCAUCGCCUGCAGUGUGACAUGGUGUGACGUAAUGAUGAAUCAGACAGCCACCUACCAGCGGAACCUGGAGAGUUCCAUCCUCUUUAUUCAGCAGGAGCAUGCCAACACACUUAAGGCUCUGCAUGAAGAAAUACAUUCACUGCAGAAAAAAUGUUCUGAUUUGCAGUUUCAGUUACAUGUAACAGAGCAGCCGUCUGUUGAAACAGAUGUACAGGAUAAUACUUUUGACUUGGAAACAAGCAUUAAAGAAUGCAAAGAACUAGAAUCACAGCUGAGGGAAGAAAUAGUUCAGAAGAAUAAAAAAGUACAAAUCCUAGAACAUGAACUGAGGCUUCAGAAGAAGAGGUAUCUAGAUGAACAAAGGGCACACAUGCAGCAGAUAAACUCGCUGAGGGCCGACCUUGACGUAAAGUCAAACAGUGUGGCUUAUUUAACCACUGAACUUCACAGAAUCAAAAUAAAACAGAAAGUAGAUCUGGACUCAACCGUAGAUUCGUCCAUAAGAAGAACUCAAGCUGUGCGAAUACCAGCCCCUCCAAAAGACAUUCCGCCCCGAGUCCGCCGCUCUUACGUUCGACGAUCGGUCGGUCUUCCCCUGCAUACAGAGGAUCUUGAAAACCGUCCACUGAGAAUUCUCUCAUCCAAAAGCAGUGGCUCGAGUCGAUCUGAAUCGCCAGAUGUUGCUCCUUUCAUCACACGAACCGAAAUGCCGACGACUGUAAAAACUCAACCCGUCCUUCCUCCAAUUCCUGUACAACAUGGUGGGAAACCGGUUAUUGUGCAUAAUGUCGUGCGGUCAGCCAAUUGUGUUGCACGCAGAAAGGCUGAGUCAUCGUCUCCCGAAGUGGCGACGUUAGCCGUAGAACAGGUUUCACACACAGAUGCUUCAUGGGGGCAUGCACAAGAAUCUCGAAGUUCCGAAUAUAACUGAUAAAAAUAAUUCUUUUGUUCCAUGCAGAGGGAAAAAGUAUAAUUUUAUUCCAUCAUGGAAUUAGCUGGCAGUUUGAUGGAUGUUCUGUAGAUAUCUGGAUAGAAAACUGGUUGUUGUGUUUGUGCAUUUUAUGUGAUCUCAUUUCAUUAUGUAAUCUGACAAAAAUAAUUAGAUGCUGUGAAACUGAUUUUUAUUAACCACCCAUUUAUUAACCACCCAUGUCAAAUCUGUAUCACCUUAUUGUAAUUGAUGUUGUAUGACAAUCAUAAGCAGUUGUAGUCUUAGAAUGUUGUAUAUCUUGGUUUUGUAGGCUGAUAAUACAGUAAUGUAUUUGAAAUGUCAUAAAUAGAUGUUUUCUUAGGAUUGACACUUUCCCCAAGUUCAUGGAAACUUCACUGUGGAUAUGUGCAGUGAUUUGUCAAGUUUAAAAAAAAAAAAUACAGUAAAAGUUUAUUUAAAAACCAGUGUUGCAGUCUGAAGCAGUUACAAAUAGAAUUAAGUUGUUUUUAUCACGUUUGUAAAAAUCAACUAAUGCAGAACCAUUUUAACCAGUUUGUCAGUUAUGUGUAAUAUUAUUUUUUAAUAACUAUUAUAUUUAUUUCUGUUUCACAUUUUGAUGAAACCUAAUGUCGAUUUAUGGAAAAUGUUUAAAUGGUUGGGGAAAGUACCUGUAUUAGAAUGGGAAAACCCCCAUUUGAACAUCAGGCCUUACCAUUUAACAGAACCUAUCAUUCUGUUUCUUCAUCACUCCUGAGACUAUUUCAAGGAAAGUCAUCUAUAGCUCCCCUCAGGCUCAUGGCGUGGAUUUUUAAGAAAAUGGUACUACAAAGGGAUAAAAUAUCAAUGCUUGAUAUGAUAUCUUGAUUGAUCUAUGUUAGGAGUGCAAUUAAUUACACCCAUCACAUUUUGUUCAUGGAUAGCUGUAAGGUUAAGUUUGCAUUUGAUUGUGUAAUGUUUAAGAAUUAUGAGCUAAUGGACUAUAGUGUACUCUGUUUUAAGGGAUAUCCGGUAUAAGAAAGGUUCUGUACCAAUAUUUAAAAAGGGACUCUGAAAAACGUCCUGUUUUGAUGGAAUUCUUGUAUACCGAGAGUGGUUUUGAGGGAUUUCUCUUGUUAUUAUUGUUGUUGCAUAUCACUUGAUGUAUUAACAUUCCUGCUCCAACUCAUGCUCCCUGACUGGUAUGUAUGAGGCUGAUGUCUGCUGUUUGUUGUGUGUGGUUGUAGGAAUUGUGCAUUUAGAGACGGCAUACUGCUGCUCAAACAGAAUACUUGUAACUUGUUGUUCAGUGGUCAGUCUAUGAGCUCUUCAUCUUAGCAUAUCCUUCAUACAUCUACUGAUCAGUCAUUGUGCUGGGUUGUCGUUAAACAUUCCUGUUGCCCUGAUAAAUUAUUAAUAAAACCAAUGUAAGGCGUUUAAAAUACAAAUGUAUGUACAUUUAGCAUUUUUGUCAUUAUCUUUAAAAACUGCAUCACUUGUCUGUACUAGAUGAUAAGAACAAAAACUAAAAACAAAUACAUGUGUAUGUAAAACCAAAACAAAAUAAUAAUCACAUACAUUUAUGUUAUUACUAGCAUUUUGUGAGUGGUAAACUAAAAACAAAUCAAGGUUGACACACAGGUGUGUGGUGGGGUAGGGUGGGGAUUGUCGGUGCACAUACUUAAGGAAUGAGGUUUGCAAACCUGGCUAAAAAUGUUCUAUUCCAAGGGUCAGGGUUUUCUAUAACUUGUGUUUUUAACCUCCAGGUUUUCGUAAUAUGUUCCAAAAUACAACAUAUCAUUUGCUGAUCAUAUUUAGAUUACUUAGAUGGCCAAACUGAAAAAAAAUGGAUAUUAUAAUCUUAUAAUCCAUUUUGCAUUCUCUGUUGGGUUGACCAGAGAGGAAAGGUAGUGGAUUAUAAGACAAUUAAGAGGAAAUGAGUUACAUAAAUGUUUUUAGGAUAACAAGAGGAAAUGAGUUACAUAAAUGUUUUUAGGAUAACAUUAAUGUGCCAACAAAAGAGGGUCAUUAUGUAGGAGGGGAGGGCAAAAACAGACAUCUUCAUAUGAAGCUGUAUUCCAAUAGGUUUGCUUUGCAGUCAGUAAUAUUUUGUCCACAAAUAAUCAAAUAAUCUUUAUGGUAGAAUGCUGACUUGUGAUAUUUAUUUAUUUUUGUGAUAUAUUUACGAGAAUAUUUUAAUUCAAGAAGUAUUGCUGUGAUCUGAUUUUAAACUAAUUUAUAUACACAAAAGAUAGAAAACUGCUUUGCCUGUUUUUCAGUGGUUGAUAGUGGUUGAGAGAUUGGUUGAGAGAUUGGUUGAGAGUGGUUGACUAAUGCAACGAGUAUAACUGCUGUGAGAAUUACAUUGUUGUUUUUUUGUAGCUCAAUAUUUUACGAGAAGUUGCGAGUAAACCAAUAUGAAUUUAUUUUACAUGUUACAUGCUUAAUAUGGUAGACAGGUGUUACAUGUUGUUGAUUUUUGUUUUAAUUUUAAACCCAUAAAAUACUAUUCACAGUAUUAUUAUGUUCAACUCUGAUAUGUGGUACAGAGUACUGUUUAUUUAUUUUAAAAACUAAUCUUGAACAUGCACAAAUGCCUGCUUAUAAUGUUGUGAGUAUUUAGACAUUUUUAUGAUUGUGUAGGCUGUGGCUUUGUUAGUAUUUUAAUACAUGGUUAUCAGGCCAUCGUUAUAAAAAAAUUGGGUGGGGGUGGUUGCUGUAAACCAGUCCUCCAUUUUAACAGUGGAUCGGUUGGUAGACAUUUAAAACUUCUGUUAUUAUUUAUUAUUAUUCUGUUGUUGAAUAAUAUCCUAUGGAUAAGAUAUUAAAGAAAAAGAAAUGAGUUGGAGUGAAGUAGAGCAAGUUAUAUACAUCUCAUGGGUAACAGCAAACAAUGUGGGGUUUUUUAUUUUUUAUUGAGGUGGCCUCAUGCUAAACACAGAUGUAAUGGCAGCCAAUAUCUUGUCUUGUGUAUUUUGUAAAUUAUGUGGUGCUCGAGUGUUCUUUUGAAUAUUCACUGAAUAAUGAAAUCACCAGACACGUGCAUGUGACCGAGCGCUUGCCUGACGAGAACAUUUUCUAGUACAUGUAUUACAUUUGAUGGAAUAAUGUAUUAAAAUAACACACUGAAA